GAUGGCGGGCAGACUGACUGAUUUUGUAAGACAUUCUGUACAAGCUAAAUAUUUUGGUAUUUUGAAAUCUGAUGUUCAAAUUAAAGCACUGAGUGGACUCUUAGGGAAAAGAUGGUUUGCUWAUUCUCGAAGUGCAAAUGCAAACGAUUUUGGCCGUGAAUACACAUUUACAAAUGCAACAUGCUUGGAAAAGGAUAAGGAACCAGUCGAGCAGGGCUCGUACGGUCACGAAAAGAAAGGAGAAAAUAAACUAGAGGAUCAAAAACUCCUUAAAGUUGCUAUUAUUGGAGAACCAAAUAGUGGAAAAUCCACUCUUGUUAAUAGUUUAGUCGGUGAAAAGGUGUUUGCUGUGACAAACAAGCCUCAUACCACCAGACAGAGGGCUCAAGGACUGUUUACCAGGGGUACUGCUCAAGUUAUUUUACUUGAUACACCAGGAGUCGUAACAAGAUCUGAAGGAAGACGCCUCAAGAUGACACGCGAACAUGUCACUGCUCCUGAAAAUGCUUUAAAAGAAGCAGACAUGAUAGCUGUAGUCAGUGAUGCUGCAGACAAGAGAACUAGACACAGAUUACAUGAACAACUUAUAGAAACUCUCAGUAAUCAUAAUCAUAUUCCUUCUUUCUUGAUUCUAAAUAAGAUAGACAGACUUAAGCAAAAGACUGAACUUCUUGGAUUGGUUUCGGUAUUGUCAGAAGAUCGUGAGAAAGAUGAAUGGGGAUAUGUUGAUAAAGGUGGAUGGAGUCGGUUUGAUAAUAUCUUCAUGAUAUCUGCUAGAUCAGGUGAUGGGAUUGAUGAUGUCAAGAAGUAUCUGUCACUAAGGGCCAAGCCAGGAAAAUGGAUGUUCCCCCCUGAUUCUAAUACCGAUUUAACAUUACAGCAAAGGAUUCAUGAGAUAUUCAGAGAGAAAAUUUUACAACUUUAUGAACAUGAAAUUCCAUGGCAAAUCAAACAGGUCAAUGUGCUGUGUGAGCUUAGAACAGAUGGCCAAAUUAGAGUCCAUCAGAAACUCUACUGUCGCAAGAAGAGCCAAAAGAGAUGUGUACUUGAAAAACUUGAGCUUCUGAAUAAAGWAGUUCAAACUGAACUUGAAAACAUAUUUAGCUGUAAAAUUGAUCUAAGCAUAGAUGUUGGUGUGAGUGAAAAACUGGGAUUCCAAUCUCCUUUACCAACAUAUUAGAUGCUUUUUUACAAAAUAAAAACGAAUAAGUCAAUAUUCAAUUAAAGAAGUAUCUGCAUAGACAAAAUUGAAUAAAUGUUAGUUUUAAAACA